AGUCGAAAACCAAGUUCCAGCGAAGGUUCGUCCGUGACUUGCGACAAUGGUAUCCACCAUACUCAGAAAGUAAGGAUCUAAAUCUCCCAAAUUGCUAACUUUCCAAUAAUCGUCUAAGAAACGGACAUCGUGAUAUUUUUUAAUAGGAUCAAAGAAAGUUUUGUUGCGCUCAUCGGUUGCAAUGAAAAGAAUCUCCCCAUCGUUCCAAAUCUCCUUCAGAUUUUCGUACCAUUCUUCCGCUGAAAUUUUAACUUCUUUGUAUUGUAGAUCUCCACGGCGCACAUGCAAUGUAGACCAUUCCUUUCCCUCACUAUUCAAUGCUUGAACAAUUUUACCUGCUGCGCAGUAUAGGGUAUCUUUAUAAUGCAAAAAGUCACGGACAAAUCUCUUGUAGUGAUUAUCAACAACGGGAUCGGAGAAAAAUAGAAAAGAAUAGAAGUGAUUAAGAAGUCGAUGUCCUCCCUUGUUGGGAUCUACUCCUGUCGAAUCCCAAUGAAUAAGAUCUGGUUCGUGCAACGAUUGGUUAUAGUACACUGGGGUCCGUUUUUCACCGCAAAACCGAUUCGCACGUUGUUCUAAGUCCUCUCCAACAUCCCCGCCAUUGAAGACGUGUUGAUCAAAUACAAAGCAAUUCACACUAGACUCCAAAGGUGGCUGGUAUCCCGCCUUUCUCAAGUGCUUGUAAAUAUUCUCGCAAUGGUUUCCUGCACCGUCCCUAUAGAGACAAAGUUUUGCUGUUUCGUUGGCUUUCAGUUCUGUGAUUUCUUUGUCGGUGAGAAAACUCAACAGCCUUUCAUGUCCGCCGCCUUCGUUGGAGAAAACCUCACGUUCAAAGAACUCUUCCAUUGAAAUUACCUCAACUUCUUUCUGAAAUGCCUCGUUUGAAAUAUCAUAGAAAGAACCAAAAGACCGAGCGUUCUUCUCACCCAUCCCUAGCAGAUAAAAUGGUGCCUUCGGUGGGAGUACUAACGUCCUCCCUGUUGUCGCUGCAAAGAUAAAAAUAAUCUCCAUACUCAUCCGGAUAUUGUUCCAGCCACCGGGGUCCGGCUCAAAAGUCAUGUAUCUAGGCUUUCGUUUCUCUCUGUCGUUAGUCUUCAGUUCCAUAGCUUGCGCUCGAAAAGGACUUUCGAAGUUUUGAUCCCUUGUCCCUUGCGGCUGGUUCCAGUAGACAAUAUCAUCAACAUCCACAUCGCAUUCCACGUGACCCCAUUUCGCUCCCUCUAAAGCUGGAGUUUGCGACAUAGGAAGUCCUGCUACACCACGCGCUAGAACUUCGCGGUUCAUCUUCUUCUCAGAAUCUGUUAAUUUGUUCAUGAUUGGAUCCAAAACAUCCUUCGGCAAAUCAUUUUUGGGUUUUCCUUCCUCUUUUCCUUUACUGGGGAAGUGCUUUGAUUCUUUAGCAUUUCCCUCUGUUUUAUUUGCUUUCGUAGGUUUCUCUUUAACCUUUGGAGAUAUUUUUGCGCUUUCCGGUUUUUCCACAGGUUUCGCAUCGAGACUGUUCCCAUUCCUGCCAUUUUCUACCGCCUCCUUUGACUGGACAAUGACAUUGUGUAUUGAACUGGGUGCGUGAUUUAAACCGUGUCCGGUUGUCGUUGAUAAUUCAAGGAGGACGAUGGGAAGUAGUAUCGUCAUCGACAGUGCUAAGAAUAUGACUAGCAACAGGAUUCUUUUUGCCUUAGACAUUUUUGAUAUCGCAGCGCAGUUGGCCUGCUCUCUUCUCACGGAUCGAACCGAUCUGUAUCCUGAAUUCCGGUGACCCGCCGAUGCUGAAAACAUGGUACCGUAGGUUAGGGUUGCGGGUUCGGCGAUAAUGGUCGGGAUCCUUGUUGUACAAUGCUUUUCUAGCCACGGAAUGCUUCCCUAGACUCGAUCUCAAGUGGUAGUCGACAAAUGUUGAUCGGUAUGUUUUUUGUGUCUUCGGAACGAGAUGUUGCCAGUCUCCGCAAUGCAUUGGGACUUCCGCGGAAACAUGUAAAUCGACGGGGCAAGAAAAAAAUUAGGCUUCUGGGCUUUGGUUUCCGAUACGGCAAUUACGAGCAGGGGUCAUAAUUUAGAGGGGUGCGCGCUCCGGCAUUUUCUGAAAAACUCAUAUUCCAUGUUAGGCACCAAUAAGAAAAAUUUCCCCCCAGGUAAAAAAUUCAUUUUUACUGCAUAAUACUAGUAAAACUAUCCAACCUUUAAGCAGUUACAACAUUAUCAAAAAUACUACCAUUAGAAUUUUUGAGUACACUAUCUAGCCAAGUUUUUCAUGAGGAUUCUGAAUAUGCCAAUAUUUUAUGUAUCAAAUGAAAUGAUAGUGUACCUUUUCACUGUUGAAUAUUGACUAGAUUAUUAGUACUAGAAAUUACUACUGGGGAAUUAGUGGGAGAAACGGAUGAAGGACAGACAGUUCGAAUUUUUGCUAAGGACUAGACUGGUGGGACUGACUGGACAAAGGACAGACUAUUUCUACUGCAAAUACAGUACUAGUCUGUUACUACCACCAGCCCUGUGUCAGCACCUUAAAGUUUGAACUGGACGAGAGAGCAAUAACAGUGAAAAUAUACUUACUACUUGACUCUCAGCUAUAUGAGAGAUGUGCAUGUGAAGUUCAAAAAUCAGAGAGUGAUUGGAAGUGUUCCCGUGCAUGGGGUCUUUCAGGUACACUUUUUGCAGUGAUAGUAUGCAGUAAAAAUAAAAUUGAAAAAAAUCCAUGGGGGGAAAUUUUUCUUAUUGGUGCCUAACAUGGAAUAUGAGUUUCGAUGCGAUGCGCACCCCUCUAAAUUAUGAUCCCUGAUUACGAGUAUGUACCAGUUAAUUCAAUAUAAAGUGUGUUAACCGUAAAAAACCUACUGAACCCUACUUGGAGAAAAGUAACUUUACUCCAGGCAGAAAAAUUAUUACUAGUAAAAUCAUGGUUAAUUUUGAGGCCCAGCAUUUAGUACUGGUUCCUACCAGCCGCUACAUAGAUCUACAAGUUUUUGAUCACUUUUUGACCACAAACAGUGUUCAUGAGGCAAUUAAAAGUGCUCAUGAACCGGGUCAAAUGAGAUCCCCUUUGGGGAUAUGCUUGGUCAUAGUGCUAAGAAGAGUGCUGUUUGUCAUUGUUACACGAUUAGGGGUCACCAGGGGGAGCCGGUUCUCAACUUUACAAUAGUAGUAACAACUUGAUCAAAAAUAUUGAUAAUGUACAUUUUUACUAGCCUGUCUACUAUCAUAUAGGCUUAGCCAGCAGAUGUAUGGUUCCAGCCUUGUAUUUGUGGCCAUCUUUUUCCGGUGUAAAUAUGUUGAGCGCGCCAACUGACAUCACAAAAUCUUGUCGGAACACACCAUUUUUUCUAUGGAAUUUUUGUCAUGAUGUCUGUUGGAGUGCUGGAAAUAAAUUCUCGAUGAACAUAUUUACCUAAAAUAACAUCCGAUGCUGCACCAAUACUGAUCCUUCAUGGUGUUAGAUGAUGUUGAUAGCAGCAAGGCAACUCCUUGUCAGUUGUUGGACACAGAGGAGUCCUCACAAACAUGUGCUCAAGCUACCAUAAUUCCAGUGAAAGCGCUUCUCGUUCCGACAACCAACAUCCACUUGCCCCCCCCCUCCACUGACACUAAUCAGCCACAUUAUAAAGCAACAGUUCAUCUUCAGCAACAGUAUCAGAAACACUACUCAGCAACUCUAACCAGCUAUCAAUCCAAGCAAGGUACAUAUCAACGACAACAAAUUGACAACUCCCAUCAGCAGCACAGCAGCACUAAUCAAUAGCAGCAACAAUGACAACAACCAGCAGCAUCAUUAUCAAGAAAUACUAUCAGGAGCAACGCUCAGUAAUACUGUUACUAAACGCUCAGCAACACUCAUCAGGAACAGUUCAUCUCCAGCAACACCAGUAUCAGCAACACACCAGGACAACGCGUCAACGCUAUCAACAACAACAACAACAACAACAACAACAACAACAACAACAACAACAACAACAACAACAACAACAACAACAACAACAACAAGGAAUUGACAACAUCGAAUCGACGACUCCCAUCAGCAGCAGUAAUCAGCAUCAGCAACACUCAGCAAUACUAUCAGCAAUAUCUCCAGCAACAGUCCUAUUCCCAACAGUAUUUCCACAGCAACAGUACUAUCAGCAACAUUAUCGAUGCCACUCAACAACAUAACCAACUGACGUGGUUCCUCAAGAACCAACAAAUGUUCAACAACAACACGGCAACCAGCCUUCUUUGAGUACCAAGCGUCUGCCUUUGAAGCAGCCUUUGAGUUAGAAUCAGUUGUGGAAACUUUGUUUGAGGAUGAUGAAAGCUCAAGUGAUGAGGAGGUUGUUGAUGAAACUGACCCUAAUUAUGAUUCUGAAGCUUCAGGAAUGAGUCACAAGGAGGCAGCACAAGCAGAGUUCUUCAAUGUGAUCAGUCAGAGCCAACAAACAGCUUGGAAUUGGGACAAUGUGAUUGAGCCUCAUGAUACUGAGUUCUUUUAUUGGAAAGAUGGAACUAUUGUUGACAACAGUCUUAACUACCCAAAGGUCCCAGUGGGUUAUGAAAGAAAGGAUCCAAAGGUUGACAAAGGUUAACCUGAGCACUGGAAAGAUGUUGAUAAUCCAGGUGGGUGGCAUCCGUAUUAUUACAGACCCAAGUUUGAAGCAGGUACAGGGAAGUACAAAGGACACUUCCUUCCUUCUGAGUGUAAGCCUUUCUAAGUUCCUAAACACUUAUCUGAUCUUGGCAAGGAACCUAUCAGAGAGCAGAAUGGAUGGAAGUUUCAUUACCUAAGGUGGGAUGCGGAUCCUACACUGGAAGAUCCUAACAACCAGUUUACAAGGAAGUUUGCUACUAGAGACAACAUGUUUCCAGAUGAGAGGAAGGGGAAGUUGGAUAUUUACAAGCUUCAGCAGCAUGGGCUCACGAAGGACCGUAUUGAAAAUGGAGAUGCAUUCUUCUUCUACCAGUUGCUCCUUCCUAUUGCUCCUGACACAGCAGAUGCUCAGCGGUACCAAAGUGAACCAGAGAAGAAGCUUACUUAUUACAACAAGGUGAUGAGAUAUACAAAUAUGUACAUCAUGGAUUCAAAUGAAGGGGAAUGACAAACGCAUACUUCCAGUACCAACCCCUUUGCUCCAAUGAACUUCUCAGCUCAAAUCAAAGCUCGUUACAAACUAAAUGCAGUUCCAUACAAGUUUCAUACUCCUGACACCCUCGCUAAAGUUCUCAAUAUUUUGGCAAUUCCUCAUGCAAUCCGACAAUACCAUCAAGACCCUCAAAACUUGCCAUCAGGUUUUGUCACGCGAGAUGGUACCUACUUCGUUCUUGUUGAUCUUGGACCACAAAGUGAAAAGAAUGACAGGUGACACAUCCUAUGAACUCUACAAUUUGUACACGUGCUUCACAACCCAUUGCUCUUGAUAUGGUAAAUAUUGUCACCCAUAUCCAUGCUUUUGUCCCACGUGCACUCACCCCCGAGGCUUCACCAUUGGCGCAAAUAAUGAUGAUGACCUUCAUUUGACCUUUGAAACAAAAAUAUCUACUGACUCACGAAUCAUCUGGGAUGUUCUUCACCAAGCUUGGGCUUCCCAUGAUAAAUUCUGUCAUAUUGUCAAGCUCCACGAUGGGCAUGGAUACAAAGCAUUAAAAUCAAUCAUCUGCGAAACUCAUCUGCUCUUGAUUGAAUCCCCGUCCAUGUUGGUUACAACACGUCCUACCCAAGGAUCACUAUCCCUUAUGGAGUAUUGGAAGAAAUACAACCACUACAUCAUGCUCUGAGCAUUGGUUGAAAAUAACAAACAAACUGUUUAUGACAAAAACGAACGUGAACACUUUGUCAACGGUUGUACCUACUCCUCUUUCCUCCAAACCGAGAUCCGUCGCGAGCAGGAUUUUGACCAUCUCAAACACAAAUUUGAACCAUCCAACUUCCUUGCUACCCUCCAGCAAUACCUGAACCUUCCGAAUAGUCCGGCCAUCAUGCAACUGGUAUACCAAAACCAACCUCACAAAUUCAAUCCAUACACUCCAAGUUACAAACGUCCCAAAUCUGCAACAAAAACGGCCUUGGUACACCAAAUCCAGACUACCGAAGUUGACGACAACUUCCUCGACCUUGCUUACUCCAUGUCAGUCAAUCAAAUCAAAGCUAACCCAGCUUCAUUGAAUAAACCAUGCCUCAUCUGCAAUAUCAACUUUUGCCAAAUGUACAAACAAGCGCAAAAUUUGCUAAACAAAGCUAACGCCUUGAUUAAUCAAGUUCAUGCAACAGCACCAAUUGAAGACACACAGCUAAUGAUUGAAGAAGCCUUACCUCCCACCACAUCAACUAAUGAUGACAAUGAAGCGGAUUUUGUUCAGGGCCAAAGAUAAAAUUGGACGAUCCACGCCCUCUCCCUCAUCCGUCACAACAUCUCCCCGUCCUCCAUAUGCUAAAUGCCAUCCAUAUCAUGCAUAUGCACUCCACAGACACUGUAAGGGAUACAUCAAUACAGUCAAAAUCCCCACGUGCCCACAUCAUGCCUUUCUAACCAAAACUGAAAAAGGACCCGAUACACCCUGCAAACCAGUUGUAACAUCUCCAAUAAAUGUUGUCGACAUUCACUCAACUACAUCUACACCACAUCCUAUACUGCUGCCAACCGUAUACGCUUCUAAUAUCUCCUCCACCGUCAGAGCACAAAUUGACACAGGUACCAAUAUUACGUGUACCAAUCUGAUUGACGUAAUACACAACUACAGACCAUACACCAAAGACUUCCCGUGCCAGCUAGAACUUGUCAGCACCAUAAACUCUACCAAAGGCGUAUAUCCUCACAGUGAAGGAUACCUACAUGUACCGGCCGUCAACGACAGUGGUUAUACAUGCAUUUGCUGUAUCUAUUCCCCAACCCUGUCCUCCACAUUAAUUUCUGAAGAUGAAUAUAUAUGUUCUAAUCCAAAACUCAAACUUCAAGAUUAUACAAUUGAAAUUUACAAAUUUCAUCACUCCAAUAAAAUCACCAUCAAAUGUAAAAACCAAAAGGAUGAUGAUAAAACAAUCAUUAUUCAUGGUGUCAUUUCUUUUGGCAAAUUGUACACCCAACCACUCAUCAUGCCUGAUCUCCUCCUGCAUCACCCUCAAGGGACACCAUACAAGUCUCUCGAGAAAGCCCUCAGUCACGACGACCAAUUUGCAAAGAACUGUUUUACUGCCACUGUCAACAAAAUACAUGUCUACCAAAAACGUGCGCACAAUCACAUCGAAGAAGAAAUGCAUCAACUACCUUCCAACAUCCCAAACCACCCCAUCAAUGAUUGGAUAUUUGAUGCUGCGCCCAUCAACAUCAUCAAAGCCCAAACAGAAUGACUCCUUCGGCAUCAACGUCUCAGGCACAUCAAUGACAAUUACUUAUACAAUGCUCAUAAGUUCGUUGACGGUAUCCCCAAGUUCAAGCACAACGAUCCAAUCCUCGAUAAAAGUCCUACAUGUAUACAAUCCAAACAAACAAAAAUGCCAGCUGGCCCUAACACCACGCGCACAGCUCAAUUUCCCUUCCAAGGUCUCUCUGUUGAUUUCUCGUUCAGUGGUGUCAAAUCUAAGGACACCUCACGUGCACAAGACUACGAAGGAAUUAAUGGUGAAACCAGUUGGAUUCUUAUCUCAGAUCACUUCACUCACUUCUUAACUGGCGACACUUGACUUUCAAAAGCAUUGCCUAUUACCUGGCUUCAAAACUUUCUUGAAAUGAACGCACCAAAUUGUUCUGACAAAUACGUUCACAUGGAUCAAGGUGGUGAACUCUAUCAUAACCCAGAAGUAUUCAAAUUGUUUACUCAACAUGGCUACCAAAUCCGACCAACAGGUGCCGAUUCCUCUCACCAAAACGUCCCAGUUGAAUGAGCUCAUCAACCAGUCACUGAACAAAUACGCUGCCUUCUCUCGGGUGCCCACCUUCACAUCAAAUUUUGGCCAUAUGCAUUUCAUCACUCUCUUCGAAUCCUGAAUGCACUUCCCCAGCGCACGCAAACACAAUCGCCUCUGCAACUCAUUACAGGAAAGAAAGAAAACUCACGCAACUUUAAAACUUUUGGAUGUUGCGUAUGGGGUCGUCCACCUGGUUGGCAAACCGCUAAAUUCAAAAAUAAUUCUCGAAAAGGCAUCUUCCUCGGAUAUCUGGCCGUCUUUGGGAAGAACAUAUCAACAAAAUUCUUUUCUCCAAAGAAUUACGCUUCACGACAACAACUCAAGACAAAUGUAUUUAUCAAACCACUUUACAAAGACAUGAAAAUACUUAUGUUUCAUCAAGUGGAUGACUUCCUCAUCUCAUCACUGAAUGCCACUCUGGCAAAUGAAAUCUACGACAUUAUAGGCAAGAAAAUCCAACUUCCAAAAGAAAAUAACAUUCCUUUCAAGAACUUAGGACUUGCAACAUCAUAUAAUGGAGUCAAUAUCAAGCAAACCAAACACUACAUUGAAAUUUCUUGCAAAGAUUACAUUGACUGUGUUGCCAGAUCUCAUGGAUGGAUGACACCCAAAGAUGAAUUGGUCAGUUAUCCAAUUGCUCCUCUCCCCAAAAAGGCAUUAGAUAAAAUCUUUGACAACGACAGCCCACUUGAAGGGUUACCAGAACACAAGAAACUCAAAGAACAACAUGGUUUCCCCUAUCGUACAAUGCUUGGCAAAAUCUUGUACGCCUACAAUGUAUGUCGACCCGACAUUGGUUUUGCUGUUUCAACCAUGUCCAAAUUCUCGUUGGCUCCUUUGGAUCUACACUUUAAAUAUCUUAAAGGUGUCGCUCUAUACCUUUGACAAACCAAAACAUGGGGACUACAAUACUGCAAUACAACCAUUCUACCAGACAACUAAAUCCCCGAUGGCACUUUCACUGAUUCUCCAAUUCCAUUACCAGAUAAUCUUCCACCUUUUCCGUCCUUACCUACAGAUGCCACCAUCACAUGUCUUGUCAAAGCCGCAUAUGCAAACAUCAAACUGAAACAAAAAUCCACCACAGGUUUCGCUAUCAUGUUGGCAAAUGCCGCCAUUGUAUAAAUCCAAAACACAAUCACAAAGCGCGCAGAGCUCCACUGAAGUGGAAUUCUAUGCUGCCGUUUCUGCUGCCGAAAUUGUGUUGUACCUCAGGUCUAUUCUUGCUGACCUAGGUUUCCCUCAGAAAAAUCCAACAACGUUGUUUGAAGACAACAAUUCUACCAUCAAAAUUGUAAACUCAGGAGUCCUGACAGAACGAUUGCGACACAUUGACAAUCCCUACUUUGCAAUUCAAGAUUGGAAACGAGACCUCUACAUCAAGAUGCAGUUCGGUUGGGUCCUUCACAAUCGACAUGUACGCUGACUGUUUGGCCACUUUACUAUUUCACCAUCGAAAUAAUAUCCUCCUUCCUCGUCAUUUUUGCUCUGAUCUGCUCGAUUUACACAUCACAGAUCACGGGAGGGUGCUGUCUGUAGGAUAUCAGACCAUGGGUAUGACUCAUAUCUAUGACACAUACAUGUGAUAAGUAUCUACAAUUCAUACACACCAUACAUAUAUGAUUCACUUGAUCCCAUUGGAUUCAUACAAUUGACAUGACUCAUUUCAUUCACUUCCUUGAGUGACUCKACUCAUUCGAUUCACACAUCACUCGAUCCUCACAGUGAUCGAUUCUAGAUUUCAUAGUUCGUCAAUCCUCAAUAAGAGCAUUGACUCACUUUUCUUCUAGCACACAUUUUAUAUCACUAUUAGGACAGUCACUCCCACAAUGCUGGCUUGGAUCUGUGUAUUGAUUAGACUAGUUGGCCGUAUCAAGGGUUUGGUGGUCCCCUUGUUAACUAUCUGAAAGGAAAGAUGAUUACAAGAGGUCGACAGACUGUCCUUAUGUCAGAUGUUGAUCGGAUUUGUCCCCCACCAGCUUGGAAACAUUGAUAGCGCGGGUGGAAACCCGAUGAUGAUAGGCAUUCCUGUACUGGUCCAGCUGAAGUUCAUCACCUUGUUAACAACUUUGUUCUUGGUAACAUAGGACCUGGGAAGAUUUGGAAAUUGCCACCUCAUAUCAUGGCGGACAAUUUUGGAUUGGAUUGGUGAGCAAGGCUUGGGUAUGAUGGGAACUGUUGCUAAGAACAGGCUGCCAGCAAAGGUUCCUGGAAAGAACUUUCAUAAGAAGAAUGCCGCAGGGGAUUCAAAUGGAAAAUGAAGAGCAAAGGCAUCCCGUAUAAUUAAGCCUAACUGCUGUGAAAACUGUACCAGCAGAUUUUGACAAGGGGACAAGAGCCUACAAACAAGUCCACUGUUCAUUCCAGAGCACAGGAGCCUACAACUUAGGCUUGGUCAACUCUAUUUCAUCUUCAUCCUUUUAUAUUCAUUGGAAGGAAAGAGGAAGGGGGGCUGAGAAGUGUGUAUGGGGCAUUGAAAUGAAUGAGUCUCGUGAGGUUUAUCUUUAUAGUUAUGGGAAACUGGAUCAUAUUGACGCAUACAUCUCCCAAGCCAAUAUUGCCUACAGAUCGUGGAAAUACUAUCAUGCGGCAGUUAACCAUGCAAAAGCAUUGGAAAUUGCUACUACUUACAAUAUCUACAAAGAGUGUACUGAUGGAAGCCUUGAUGUAGAGUCGAAGGUAAACAACGUUAUGAGCUAUCUUGAGUUCCAUCAAAGGCUUGCUUUGCAGAUGACAAGGUACAAUCCAGCUGAGCAGGCCUAUAACUGUGAUGCUAGGCUUAGCCAGUGUACAAAAGCAACACAAAGGUUAAGAAGCAGUAGGGAAACUAGAAGAAAAGCAUGCAAGACUUCUUUCCUUAGGAAUGGCAAGCUGCUUGCAUACCACAAUUUGCAAACGAUUAUGGUACAAAGACAUGCAUAUCUUAUUAUGAUAUGAUAGAGUGUCACAGUUCAAUAGUAGCGUAAGUACCCUACAAAGUUGGAAUGAGUAUGGGUACUCCUACUAGUACAGAUUAUAGAUGAUGAUAUCAAUCACAAAGUACACUUGUGCCAGGAAGGCACAGCAAUACUCCAGGUAAAAUAUUUGCAAAAUGGAACUAAAAUUGCAUUCUCAUUAUUGCCUCACCAAUGGCAAUGAAAAUUCCUACUAUAUAACCAUAUGACCCUAAAUAGUCAUACUGUGAAGCAUACUCCUACUUUUGAGACCGUAUUGCUUUUUUUCUACAGUAAUUUUCUACAGGCUUAUGGUACUUCUUCUUCUUGGCUACCAACCAUUCAGUAGCUUUUUAGUUGCAUUCUCAAUGGUUGAAUGCUGCAGCAGAAUGCAAUAAUACAACAAAAAUUGGUCAUAUCUUGACUAAGGGGAAAUGACCCAAUGCAACUCAGUUUGGAGGUGCAAACUAGUAGCACAUCAUUUUGAUCACCAUUUGAUCUGGAGGCUCACUGAUACAGAGAUAAUGAUAUUGAGGCUUCUGCUGACAUGGAGGCUUGCUGCUGAUAUGGUAUCCACUGAUACCGCUUCUGUUAACACAAAGGCUUGUUAACACAAAGGCUUGCUGAUACAGAGGCUUGCUGAUACGGCAUCUGCUGAUUCAGAGGCUUGCUGCUAAUACACAGGAUACUAAAACAAGUUGCUAAUACAGAGGACACACACUGAUACGGAGGUACAGAGGAUGCUGAUACAGAGGAGUCCAUCUACGAUUAUGUUCUACAAUAAUGUCUGUAUUGGUGCAGAUCCAUCAUAGGAAGGGACUUGCUGAUACAGAGGAGUCACUGAUACUAUUUGCUGAUAUGAGCCGGUGACACGGAUGAUGCUGAUACUGACAAUUCACUGAUAUAGAUGAGUCGCUGAUAUGGCGUCCACUGAUAUGGAGGAUGCUCACUGAUAAGCAGGACCCUUGGUGAUAAGAGGAUGUGGGUACAGAUGAUGUAGAUACAGAGGAUGCUGAUAUGGAGGACACUUGCUGAUACAGAGGAUGAUGCUGAUACAGAGGCUUGCUGAUACAACAUGCUGAUACAGAGAAUGCUGAUAUGGAGGAGGCUCACUGAUAUGGAGGAGAAAUAUGGGAGAGCUACUGAUACAGAGGAUGUUGGUGAUACAGAAGAAGGGACAGAAACUGAAUACUACGGACACUGAAUAUCAUGGACACUGAAUAUGGAUGCUGAAUAUGGACGCUGUAUAUGGAUGCUGAAUAUGGACGCUGAAUAGGGGCGCUGAAUAUGGACGCUGAAUACGGAUGCUGAAUACGGAUGCUGAAUACGGACGCUGAAUACGGACGCUGAAUAUGGAUGGUGAAUGUGGACACUGAAUAAGGAAGCUGAACAAGGAUGCUGCUGGAUAUGGAUGAGUUUUUGAUAUGGAGGAUGAUGCUAUACAGAGACUUGCUGAUGGGGAGGAUGCUGAUACAGAGGAUGCUGGUGUUACGACGAGUCAUUGUUGUAGUACUAGCUACUACUACUAGCUGCUAACUAUUAGUACUACUUGUCCUCCCCCUCUAAGAUCUUAAAAUAAUGUCAUAAUAGUAAUAUACUUCUGUUAUUGUCAAGAUUUACCUCCAUGAUUCUAUGUCUGUUUAGUAUGGAAAUUGCCUUGUGCUCAUUAAUUUGCAGAUUUUUUGCACUAUUGGCAUGGUAUGCCGGCAGUAGGAAUCAAUACGAUGUACACAUAGAAUUGUACUUCCUCCGUCCGUAAUUAAAUGUCCCUUUUGCACCUUUACUACUGAAAUAAGGUCAUUAUUUGGGCAAUUAGAAUGCUUCUUUUUGCACUUAACAGAUCUAUUAUACAGUUAUUCAUUCAUGAACAUUGAAUAUAGUCAAUAUGUCUGACGUACUUGGUGUAACUACUUAAAGAGACCUGAUUUUGGCAUAUGAUUUUCAUUUUACCGGUUGAAAGGGUUCUGCCAGUCAUUUAACUACGGGACUGGUGGCUAUAGAAAGCUGAGAGUGAGAGCUUUAUUAGGAUAUGCUUAUCGUGCUCGUUGAGAAGGUUCCUGUGCAGUCAUUGUUGGUCAAAAGAGAACCCAAAUAUUGCUCGGGCAGUUGUUCGGGCGCAUGCAGUUUUCAUGUGGUUUUUUGAAUCCUGCGCUGGAGAGAGGAAUCGAAGAGAAAAAAAAGUGCUUCGCGCAUGGUGAAAAAUGCUCCCCGUGUUAUUUACACGUGAUAAUUUUCACUCUUGAUUCACUCACACCUCCCAAUUUCCUCUUUUUGACUCCUUUCUGUCACUUUGCUGCUCUUUCCAUUCAACUGACUAAGACCGGCUUCUUUCUUCUUUGCACCUCAAGUGACUCAUUGACGCGCCUCCACUGAGCACCUCCACUGAGUGCCUCCACUAAGAGGGGGGGAAGACCAGUCUGCGUCUCCGUUGAGAGGGGAUCAAAUGCACCUCGCGCCUCCGUUGCAUGGACCGGUCCGCGUCUCCGUUCCGCGUCUCCAUUGCACCCAGCACUAAUAGGGGAUCCAUCGACCGGUCCGCGUCUCUGUUGAGCCAACGCGCCUCCACUAAGAGGGGGGAAGACUGACUCACGUCUCCAGCAUUGCUUCCACUAAGAGGGACCGACGUGGGACGUUGCUUCCUCGCCUCGGGGGAAGGGAGGACUCCGCAUCUCCAUUGCUUCCACUAAGAGGGGGGAAGACCGACUCGCGUCUCCGUUGCUCAUACUGACUCGCGUCUCCGUUGCUCAUUGACGUUGAGCCAACGCGCUUCCACUAAGAGGGGGAAAGACCAACUGGGGCGUCUCUACUCGCCUUGCUAAGAGGGGAUCCAUCGACCGUAUGCAACAAUCAACCGACGAUUUGCCGCUGGGUUGAUUCGCCGCUGCUUGUUUGUUUCAACUCACUUUUUCUCCCCUUGAUUCUUUCUAAAGCGAAUCCACUAACAGCAAGAUGACAACUAAUGCAAUUGAGCUGCUGCUUGAAGCUAGCGAUACUCCUGCAACAACAACAGGAGCAAGUGAUACGGCAAGUGGAAGCGAUACGGCAAGUGGAAGCGAUACGGCAAGCGAUACUGCGAGUGAUGAUACUACUGCGAGUGAGUCCUCUUUGUCUAAGAAGAAGAAGAACUUGACUAACAACCAAAGGCAAGCAAUCAUUCAGAUCCUUUUACAAAAAAGGAGCACUAUUGGAAAGCCUCUUCCAAAGGGAGCUUUGAAGGAACCAGCGGAGCUGUUUAACGUAGCAAGAAAAACGGUUGCAAGGAUUUGGAAGAGGUACACAGAAACAUUUGACCCAAUCACUUGCCCUGCUGGUGAUGUUGGCAAGAGGAGACACAAGUGCGGAAGGAAACCAGUACCACUAUCAGUUCUUGAUGCCAUUAGAGAUGUCCCCCACAAAGACAGAGGUGAUCUAAGAACUCUCUCAGCUACUACUGGUAUUCCAAGAAGCACUCUGCACCUACUUGUCAAACGUGGCCAAGUAAAGAAGCACAAUGGAACUACGAAGCCUUUGCUAACAGAUGCGAACAAGCUGAAACAAGUCGAAUGGAUAUUGAAACACAUUGAUAACAACGGAAAAUUUGACGACUUCUUCAAGUACAUACACAUCGACGAGAAGUGGUUCUACUUGAAACGCACAAAGCAAACAAUGUACCUGCUCCCAGAUGAAGCGGAACCCAAGUCGACCUCCAAGUCCAAGAACCAUAUGACGAAGGUCAUGUUCUUGUGUGCAACUGCUCGACCACGAUGGGAUACCAACCGGAACUCUUGGUUUGAUGGCAAAAUCGGAAUAUGGCCCUUUGUUGAGAAGAAACCAGCUCAACAAAGAUCUGUAAACCGCCCUACUGGUACUCUUAUUACCAAGCCUGUCAACGUGAACGGUGACGUUUACAAGAAGAUGCUCCUUGAAAAGGUUCUUCCUGCUAUCUACGAGAAAUGGCCAYGCGGAGCAAGCGGCAAUGACGAGGAAGGCCGUCCUGAGAUUAUUAUCCAGGAGGAUAAUGCGAAGCCUCACAAGGCGUCAAUCAGAGAUGCUAUCAAAGAAGCUGCAGCUAGCAACGGUUGGAACAUUUCUGUUACGACUCAACCUCCUAAUAGUCCGGAUUUGAACGUGCUUGAUCUNGAUGCUAUCAAAGAAGCUGCAGCUAGCAACGGUUGGAACAUUUCUGUUACGACUCAACCUCCUAAUAGUCCGGAUUUGAACGUGCUUGAUCUUGGUUUCUUCAACUCUAUUCAAAGUUUGCAAUACAAGAAACGGUCAAAGGACAUUGAUCACUUGAUUGCUAACGUUGAAAAGGCAUUUGAUGAGACUGAGCGGGAAGCACUGAACAAUGUCUUUCUUUCCCUCCAGGCUUGUAUGGAAGCUACACUUGGUGCUGAAGGUGAUAACAAUUACAAGCUUCCUCAUAUGGGAAAGGCRAGUCUUUUGCGCGAAGGUACCCUCCCGAUCUCCAUUAUCUGUAAUGACGAAAGCCUCUUGGCUGGUCAGCAACUGCUAGCUAGUAGUAGUAGUAGUAGUGCAAGUAGUAGUUAAUAGCAUAAGUAUACUUCUAGUGAAUAUUAAAUGUUUUCUGGUACA